CUUUCUGUUUUACGUGCGAAUAUGCAUGUGGUAGUAUACGUACAACCUGUGAUCAGUUAUUGACUUCACAUAUAAAUAUAGGAUAAAAGGUCAUUCAAGAUACCAGAUUCGUUAAUAACCAUUUGGGAGUUAUAAGGAUACAGAGAUAGCAUUAAGUUAAUUAAAUAUGUAUAUCACAAUCAGAAUGACAAAGGUCGAACUAAGAGUUCACGCCAUAAAGUUUGUAACUACUGCACUUGUUGCUUUAGAGUUAGCUUGGAUUUUAUUUCCACUGAGAGCACAACAGCAAGGAAAAUGGACGUUCUGGCAUUUCUUCAGCUUUGCUAUACAUUAUGGGUCUCAGUUUUGGAUGACAUUUAUUGCAGGAAUGGCAAUGUUCCUGACCUUACCACGUUUUUGGUUUGGUGAAGGACAGAAACUUUUGUUUCCCAUGUAUUUCGCUUUGUCGUGUGUAAUGUCAUCAAUGACAUUAGCCACGUAUAUCCAGCUUCACUUGGCCAGUGAAAUGGAAUUUAAAGAGGUGUUAUCAUUGUCAAUGGCUGUAUUGUCCUCGUUAGUGAAUGCCUACUACCUCAGUGAUAGAAUUGUAGAAACAACUACAAAAAGAUUCGGUUUGGAAAAAGAUUCAGGAACAGCAGACAAAAUUGGAUUUGUUGAUUUAUCGAAACUUAGAGAAAACCCUGAAUACUUUAUAGCGGACAAAACAUUUAGAUUCUAUCACCAUCUAAGCUGGUUAUCAAACAUGACUGGAUUCUGUGCAAACACUGUUUAUUUGUAUUUUCUAUCAUCACAUCAUGUAUGAUGUUAACUUUUUACUUAGGAUAAGAACUGAAUAGUUUACAUACCUUAUAGCAUGAGGUAGCAACAAACAAGAUGUCAUCGCACACAAUGACGAAGGUCAUAUCAAAGUCAAAAAUAUUCUCAGGAACAUUUUUGCAUGUGCAUUUUAAAUCUUUAUAAGUUUGAAUAUGUAAGAGCUACGUGGUAUAGUCGAGGGUAAAGUAUGCGUGUAUAUAUAGUAUCUAUGUAUGUAUUUACUCUACAAAGCGUACAACUUGGGCUUUUGAAAGACUAAUUAUACUCAAGGAAAAAAAUUACUCUAUACAUAUUUUGUAUUUUGUCUAUUUAAGUGUUGUUUUUUUAAUCUCAUUGAGGUUUCUUUUUACAAGAACCUCAAAUGUAUUUCUAAGUUGCAAAUGGAGUGAAAACUUGUUUCGAGCAUUGUGUUUCCAGAUGGAUUUGAAGAUUGAAUAUAAGAGAGUUGUAUGUUAGUAUGCUUGUGAACUUGAAUGAAACCUACUCUACAAAGUGUGCAUCUUAGGCAUUUGAAAGACUAUCUACUCAAGAAAGAAAAUACUCUAUUAUAUAUAUCAUACAUGAAUAGAUUGUAUUUUGUCUAUUUAAAUGUUGUUUUUAAGCUUAUUAAAAGUUUUUUUACAAGUA